AUGGCUCCUGAACUUAUUCUCCCAGUGUCAGACCACUUUCCAGGGCGUAUAACAUACAGAGGCAACGGAUACUUUGCUUCAAUAAAGGCCAAAUUUGAAGCUUUUAACUUGACUCAGAAGGUGAAGGAGACGCCUUUUGGUGUGUUUUGGAAUGCCAGUGAAUUGAAAUUCAGUGGGGUUAUUGUCCAUCAGUUGUUACUAAGGAAGAAGAAAGUGAGUGAGGCCAAAAAUGAUGAAGUGUGGUUUUACGUGGGUAAAACCGAAGCUAGAUUUGGACGGUCUGAGUUCGGUUUGAUCACGGGCUUAAAGAUGAGCGGUGGUCCUUCGUCAGAAGAAUUGACUGCACAGUGUGAUUCUGAUCGGAUCUUGCGAGACUAUCUCAACAACUCAAAAAGGGUGACCUUUAAAACCCUUUGGCUAGCGUUUGAGGCAUGCGAUGUGGCUGACGAUGUAUACAAGCUGGGGUUGUGUGCAUUUGUCGAGGGUGUUCUGCUGUCACGGGCCGAGGGUGUGUAUAUCUGGACAGAUAUGCUAAAGUUGGUAGAAAAUGAAGAGAAGUUCUUCGAGUAUCCUUGGGGUCUUCUUUCUUAUCAGAAGUUGUUGUCUUCCACAACUAAGAAUAUGCAACAACUUAGGCAAAACUACAUGGAUAAGAACGAUAAGACCAAGAAGAAACACAAGAAGGAUAAAAAGGUUACUCAACCUGAAGCGAAGUACAACGUGUACGGAUAUGCUCCUGCGCUGCAAUAUUGGGCAUUUGAGGCCAUGCAAGUUUUGGGGAAGAAGUAUGGCCAGUGCAAAGGGACUCGAUUCCCUCGAAUGUUGAACUGGAGCACCCCCGACACAGUCACGAAACAUGAUGUGAAGCAAGCUGAUGUGGCUGCACUCUUUGAGAAAAGGAUGGUUGUGCUUCAAAUCUUGUAUCCUCGGAAUUGGGAGGUUGAUUACUGGAAGGACAAUUGUGAGGGUGAGGUCCCCACAGUGGAAAUGGGGUUGGAUGAGGUCGAAGAAACACAAGCCGGGGCGCAAGAUUCGACCGCAUUCGAGACCCAAGCCCAACGGGUGGCAGAAUAUGUGGAAAGGUCCAAAAUUAUUCCCCCAUCCCCACCCAAGGAAACAGCAGACGCCUCCACAUCUGCCACCGUGCCCCCAACCCCUGCCACUGUGCCCCCAAGCUCUACUCCACCUAAUGACUCCGACUACCUCUUGUUGGCUAAGAGAUUGGAGAAGGUAGAAGCGCAACAAGUUGCGAUUCUUACUGCCCAGACUGAGAUGAAGGCUGACUUCAAGAGAAGUCAGAAAGAGAUGAAGAAUCUUAUCAUGGAUCAAAUUGCGACCGUGAUAAGUUUGUUACAGAAGCAGCCUUCGGAGCCGACACAACCAUCAGGGCCGGCACAACAAUCAGACCCCACACAUCCAUCCGACCCGGCAGAGCCAUUACAGACGGAUGUGGAAGAGUUGCAGGGGCCACCAGAUGGAGUGGAGUUCUGUAGGAUUAGGCGAAAGCGGAAGCCGGUUUUCUUGAAUGACUACACUGCUGGGAAGAAGAAACAACGACAUGGGCCCGUGGUAGUAGACACCCUGAAACCGGCGGACCCCCGGCUGUUAAAAUUUUUCCAGAAGUGGAUCACUUAUGCUAGGGACAAUGGCCGUCCUAGGGAUGUUCACACUGGCGAAGCCACUAGAUCGUGGUUCGUGAAGUUGAUGGUGCUGAACGAAUGGCUCGAAGAUGAUCAAAUUGAUGUCAUGGCGCACUUAUUGAGAAGAAGACGGACCCUAUACCUAGAAGUCUACACCCGAAAAGGUGUAGUUUUGGACACAUCUGCUCCACAAUUCUUUUCCAUGUUUUGGAAUAUGUGUGAGGGUGACAGGAGCAAGAUGAAAUGGGAUGAGAGCGUCAUGAGUUACGUGCAGGGGAUACCGCACAGAUACUUGCCAUGUUGGGAGAAGCAGGAGUACAUAUACUUUGUGUUGCACCUUCCCAAAGAGCGCCACUGGGUGGCAGUUGAGGUGGAUAUCGAGAACUGGGAGAUCAUUGUAUAUGAUUCUGAUAUCGGUGCCACCGUUGAGGCAGCCAUGGAGUCAUAUUUGAAGCCUUACAGCGAGCUCUUUGCAAAUCUAAUUCGAGAUAGCGGUUAUUUCCAAUACAACAAUUAUGUACAUCCGGUGGAGUUGGGCGAUCUCAGUCAGCUCCUACCCCUCCAUUAUAGACGAGCUACCUCGGAGGUUGUACCACAAACGAACAGCAGUGGCAAUUGUGGAAUGUAUGCCAUGGAGCACAUUGAGCACUUGAUGCUGGAUCGGUCGUUGGAACAUGUGCAUGAUGAUAACAUGCUCACCUUUAGACAUAGGUGGUGUGUGGACCUAUUUUACCAGAACUUAACGUGGUAG